AUGACAGAACCGCAGCACGGCACAUCAGAUUUUGCUUCAGAAGCACGUGACUCACUCGAUUCGGAACAAUUUAAUGUUCAUCCAGCUUUUUCAUCUACACAGAACAUCGAUGAUGAUGUAUCACAUAAAGUUUCCAAAAUAGGGAGAUUAACACUGCUACCUACGAUAAUUCAACAAACAAAGGAAUUUGAAAGUAACAAUUCUUCCGCAGACGAGACUCUAAUUCCAUUAGAUCAAGGUAGCUCUUUAUCUAGCACACAGGAGCACUCGAGUAAACAUGAUUGUUCUCCACAAAGUAAUCUAGCAAGUCGAUUCGCUAAUUUGAAACUUGAUGAUGUUAACGAAAAGUCCUAUUCUAAUGAUGAUCAACAAAUCGUAGAGGAUUCCUUUGAUGUUUUUAUAUUAAAAGAUUUCACUCAGUAUACCGGUCGCGAAGAUGUCAUUCAAUGGCUUGAUGACACUGAAGAAAAAUUCAAAAAGUUUGAUAUAGGUCGACACGCUCGAUUUGCUGCCAUAUCCUUUUUAGUGGCAAGCGAAGCUAAAAGACGUUACAUUCGAUGUCGAGCAUCAAUAAGAUCCUUUGAUGAUUUCUACGCAUUUAUGCUAACGGAAUUCGAUUCUUCAUCUAUUUCCUCCUCAUCAACUGCUACUCAUCAUGUUCGAUUCACGAAUGAUACUUUGCCAGAAAAGAAUAGUCAUACAUCUAUUACCUCACCUCAUAAACAACUUUCAACUGACUUUAUGUCGGACACUUUCGAUCCAUUAUUUUCUUCGGUAACUACUUCAGUAGUCAAAAGUGAUGUUGCCGCUCCUAUUCACAGCAAAUCAGCUAUAAAUUCCACUAUUUCUUCUCAAGCUUCUUCUAAUUUUGAACUUGAUCAAACUCUGACUGAUCUUCGCAAAGCUAUUGUAGGAGAUUUCAUCAAAAAUCCUAAGGUGUUCAAAGGCGGUAAAGACGACGUUAAGAAAUGGAUCGAAAACAUCGAACACCUCUUUGACUUAGCACACUUACCCGAAUCUAUUCGUUUGGAUCUAAUUUCUUAUUCCUUGCGCGGUGAUGCAUUAGAUUGGUUUAAGAAUAAUCGUUCUUCAUUUACUUCGUGGACUCUUUUUGUUACAGAGCUGAAACGAGCAUUUACUUCAUCUUUUCAUGAAGAAUUUGCUUUCAAAAAGUUGGAGUUAUAUUCUCAAACAGAAACUCAAUCGAUUCGUAACUUUGUCAAUGAAGUAUUGAAGCUUUGUAAAGAAGCUGACCCAACCAUGAGCGAGGCUACGAAACUAAAAAAUCUGUUAAAUAAAACUAAGCCUUCUAUUCAAUAUGAGGUGCACAAGAAAAAACCUCAGUCAACCAGCGAAUUUCUUGAGUUUGCGAAGGAAGCUGAAGAGCUUAUGCAAUUAUCAAAUUUACCUUUUCCUAGUGCUCUUGGCGUACCGCAUGAUUCGUUCUCGCCAUCUACAUCUACAUCUAUUGUUCCUUCGUAUUCUGCUUCCCAACAUAACUAUGGGUAUACAAGUUCUCGUAACUCUAAUAAUAGAAAUCAAGAUUGGUUUAAGAACAAUCGUUCAUCAUUUACUUCUUGGACUCUUUUUGUUACAGAACUGAAACGAGCAUUUACUUCAUCUUUUCAUGAAGAACUCGCUUUCAAAAAGUUAGAGUCAUAUUCUCAAACAGAAAAUCAAUCGAUUCGUAACUUUGUCAAUGAAGUAUUGAAGCUUUGUAAAGAAGCCGACCCUACCAUGAGUGAGGCUACGAAACUAAAAAAUCUGUUAAAUAAAACUAAGCCUUCUAUUCAAUAUGAGGUGCGCAAGAAAAAACCUCAGUCAACAAGCGAAUUUCUUGAGUUUGCUAAAGAAGCUGAAGAGCUCAUGCAAUUAUCAAAUUUACCUUUUCCUAGUGCUCUUGGCGUACCGCAUGAUUCGUUCGCGCAAUCUACAUCUACAUCUAUCGUUCCUUCGUAUUCUGCUUCCCAACAUAACUAUGGGUACACAAGUUCUCGUAACUCUAAUAAUAGAAAUCAAGGCUCGACCCGUCGAAAUUUUUCUCCUCAACAACGGAAUUUUCCUUCUCAAUCGAGAAAUCUUUCUAACUCAUCGGUUCCAGCAUCCCAAAGUCGGUCGACUCCCAACCCCAUUUUUUCACAACAGUCUCUGCCGCGUAAUUUGGUUCCUAUAUCUACUACUAGUAAUCCUCCUCGCCCUCUUAUGACCCAUUCCAAUGCUAACAACACAAUGCCCCUUCGGCAACCUACUGUUAAUGUUAUUGAUCUAGCUCAAUCAAUUGAUCACAUUGAUCUUAUAUCAAAUGAACUCCCAUCCGUUCUCUGUAGUCGUUGUAAUCAACUUGGACAUGAGGCUUCGGCCUGUUCAAGUUUCUAG